UUUAGUUUGUGCUUAUCAGAAGAAAAAAAAUAAAGUAAAUUUUUUAAAGAAAAAACCCUCAACAUAUCUGAAUUAGAUCAAUAUCUUGGAUGUAACAACAGGAUAGCUCCUAAUCAUUUUGGAAUAGAGGUGUUAUCAGAAAAUGGUCUGCUGUUAACUGCUCCACUGAUCCAAAUUCUUCAUCUUCAACAUGUUCCAGGAACGGAAAACUGUGUCAUAGAUACAGUAGCUCCUGUUGGCAGGAAAUAUUGAGCGAACUUGAAACUGACUUGAGAGAAUUUAUUUUCUUUGAGCUCCAAAGAUCAAUUGUGGAAUUAGUCUCAGGUUUUUACACCAGAUCAGUGUUGUUUUUUCAUAAAAGAGGAUUUUUCCACAAGCAGUUCUCCUCAUGAAAUGCUGUUUUCAUGGACUAUGGAGGUCUCAGUUUUAUGAGAAUAUGAAGGAUGAGAGGAAGAUGUUACCUUCUGUCUUCAUGCACGGUUUGUGCAGAAUAGCGGAGCACCGGAGAGAACCGCAGUAUGAGGAAGAAGAGGAAGAGGAAAUCUUGGGCUCAGACGACGAUGAACAGGAGGAUCCUGAGGACUAUCAGAAAGAAAGGUGUUAACUGUAUUCAAUCUCUAGACGUGGAUGUUGCUCAGUAGUGGUCUGUGUGACAGAUGUCCGGAGACCCUCACUCCAUAGAUCAAACACUGAUGACAGUGGGCCGAUUGGAAACCUGCAGAUCAAUCCACCAAUUGUCACCCUCGGUGUAAGGCUGAGACAGGACAACAUGGCCAGUGGUUAUACAGAGGAUUUUUUCUACAGCAGUACCCCGGAGAGAAAUCUGGAGCUGCCCCCACCUUAUGGGGAUUUUAUCUUCCGUCCUCCAAGGAGACGCCCAGUUGUGAAGAGUUCCAAAAGCUUCAAGGACAAGAAAACGAAAAAUAAAGGGAAGGUUCCACCCUCCAGGAUGUACGCCACUGUUCGUGAUCCACGGAUGGCACCGGGGCAUCCCUUGAUUCAUCCAGAUUUCAUAACACCCCAGCAAUUCAUUCCAAAGAUUGUCCCUCCAGAACCAAAGCCUGUCAAACCAGCCAGGUCCAAAAGCUUUAACAACAGCAAGAAAGCAGCGGAGCAGAAGAGUAAGCUACAGGACCCGCCUCCAUUUAUGACAUACAGAUGUCAGAGCUACCCCCCUCCUGAUGAUAAAUCGGGGGACCAGCCAGUCCAUGUGUUUGCUGUACCUCAUCAAGUUUCAAACCAUACAAAGCAAAGACUAGGCCUCCAUGAAGAGUUGUUUCACCCUCCAUCCAGAAACCCCGUGAGUCCUUCCUUGCCCCCAUAUUAUGGAACCAGCCCAGGGUUUUUUCUGCUGAAUGAUGAGCCUCCAGUGAAGGAUAGUUAUGGUAGUGGCAUGUAUGUGCCUUCAAAUGAAUUGGAGAACAGUUUAACUUUGAAGGAAAUCAAUCAUACAAAAAAUGAAAUUCUUUCAAGCCAAAAACCUCAGAAAAAGAAAAGCAUGGUCAAGCAGAUUCUGACCAGUCUGUUUUCAUCAAAGAAAUCUGGUGAGCAGGGUCAUGCAAAAAAUGAAAGGAAGAUUAAGAAUGAAGGAACAAAAACUGCUAGACCUGUCACUAAAUCUGAAUCCAUUGAAGAAAACACAGUAAAGGAGAAUGGUGAGGAAAACAAUGGAUCACAGGAAACACCAAGGUCUGAGGAUCCACCACAGGCCCAUGAAAACAGUAGUAGAAUCGGUCGACCCAGUGCCAAGGUCCUGGGACAGAAUGACAAACAGGACCAAAUCAUUCAAGAGCUUAAAAAGAAAAACAGCAAUGCCACAAGGGAGGACGUAGAUAUUGAAGAGAAUCCAGACCAAUGUUAUCAGUCAAAAGAAGGGAAUGCAGGCAGGGAAACGAAGGUGGGUGGAGGAGGGUACCAUCCUGUGAAGAUCGGAGACUUGUUCAACAACAAGUACCAUGUGAUCAGAAAGCUGGGCUGGGGCCACUUCUCCACCGUGUGGCUCUGUUGGGACAUGUCGACCAAGAGAUUUGUUGCUUUAAAGGUUGUAAAGAGUGCUCAGCAUUACACAGAGACAGCACUGGAUGAAAUCAAACUACUCAAAUGUGUUCGUGAAAGUGACGAGAAUGACCAUUUUCGAGAGCGUACUGUGCAGCUAUUGGACGACUUCAAAAUCUCUGGAGUCAACGGCACUCAUGUCUGCAUGGUGUUUGAAGUUCUGGGCAACAACUUACUUAAACUAAUAAUCCGUUCAAAUUAUCAAGGAAUUCCACUACAGAAUGUCAAACACAUCAUUAAACAGGUCCUACAAGCUCUUCAGUAUCUCCAUGACAAGUGUAGAAUCAUCCACACGGAUAUCAAGCCGGAGAACGUGUUGAUGUGUGUGGACGAGACCUACAUACGGAAACUGGCAGCUGACGCGUGCGAGUGGCAGAAGCUGGGGGCCAAGCUUCCAGGCUCAGCCGUGAGUACAGCACCUAAAGAACGAGCUCCAGAUCCCUCCAAAAUGUCCAAGAACAAGAAGAAAAAGAUGAAGAAGAAGAUGAAGAAGCAGCAGGCAUUGCUGGAGAUGCAGAUGCAGCAGAUUGAGGAAGUGGCAACACAGGUUCCCAUAGAUACUGCUGACUCGUGUGAUUUAUUGGCUGCUGAGAAAGAAAUGAUGACCAGUGAGAGUAUGAACAGCCUGGCCCAGUCUGAGCCGGACAUGAACGACGCUGCAUCACAGGGGAACCAGCCAGAACCAGCCGACGCGCUGGACAACACGGAAUCUUCCACCGCUAAUAACCAGAUGACCGUCGACAACAACCAGCAAAACGGGGACGAGAGCCUGUCAGACAACAACAACACAGAAUCCACAGACACAAAGAAGAAAACAGAAGAAGAGAAAAAUUCUGAAAACAUUGAGAAUCGAACAAAGUGUAUAGAGAGCAUUAUAGACCCAGCGAUCAGUGAGAAUGAAAACAAAGUGACUAAAGAUAUCAAGUGUUCCGCGGAGACGCUCAUGUGUAACGGACAUGGUGAAUCUCAAGCUCAGGAAGACGCCAACAAAAACUCCAGCCCCCAGGAGGAGGAGUGUAGUGAGUCCAAUAAUGUGGGGGGUGAGGGCAGUCAGAUGGAGGAGGGGUCCAUGGACGAGAACCAGCGGAGGUCUCAGAGCCCGGGAGUACACAGCUCCUCCCCGAGUGAAAAGAGCAGCUCCUCAGAUAAGAAUUCCCAGAAUCGACCAGACCCAGUCAGACAAAUCUGUGAUAUUCCUGUCAAAAUCGCAGAUCUGGGCAAUGCCUGCUGGACGUACUUGCACUUCACGGACGACAUCCAGACACGGCAGUAUCGAGCCCUGGAGGUGUUGAUUGGUGCAGGGUACGGUCCUCCAGCUGAUAUCUGGAGCACUGCUUGUAUGGCAUUUGAACUUGCAACAGGGGAUUAUUUAUUUGAGCCUAAUUCAGGCGAAAACUUUAGUCGCAAUGAUGACCACUUGGCACAUAUAAUUGAGCUGUUGGGUCCGAUUCCUCGGGAGAUCUGCCUAGGCGGAGAGAAAUCCAGGAGAUAUUUCAACCGGAGAGGUGAACUUCACAACAUACCAAAAUUAAAACCGUGGGGGCUGUUGGAGGUGCUGGUUGAGAAGUAUGAAUGGGACGAGGAGGAGGCUCGCAGUUUUACGGACUUUUUAAUCCCCAUGUUGGCGUUUGAUCCGACCAAGCGAUCGACGGCAGCCGACUGUCUACAACACGCCUGGCUGAAGGACGCCAAGGAAAUCAGCCAGUCAUAAUCACCGGACAAUUGUCUAAUUAGUGCUUCUCCUAAAACUGUCAAUGGAGGGAAAAAUUUAUACAUGCCAAGGGAGAUUACUGGACAAGAUUUACCAUCUUGUCUCUCCCUCUUAUCUUGUUCUCUCCCUUUCUCUCGUUUUCAAAUCCAGUGAAGAAAUGAGAGAAGGUUAUUUAUGUUGCGGUCAUUCUUUUUUCGUCAAAGACCUUAUGUAUAUCUGCCAUCUCAUUUCGUUUUUAAUGUCCAUAUGAAUGUGAUAUUAGUGUAGAAACAUUUAUGAAAAUGGAAGGUUGACUCCAGUUCAGUAGAUAUUUUUAAUACAUUUGGUAUACACUAUUCAUAAAUUAUUAUAAAAUUUACAAGCUGAGGAUUUUUGUUAGCUGCUAGGUUUAGGAAAUUUGUACUGUACAUAGGCUUGGAUUUUUACUUAGCUGUGUAUGGUACAUAGCUUUUUGUCAUUACCUGCUUUGAUCUAAUUUCUCUACAGAUUCUGUUAAUUUACAAGAACAAAAUAUGCAGUAAAGUGUGCCAAUAAUGUUACAUGGAUUAUUUUCUGGAUGGAGUUUAAGAACGAGGUUGAUAACUCAUACAAAACUGUUAUCAAAACCUAUCAGUCAAGUGAGACUGAUGAACUCUGAUGACUAUAUUGGCAGCCAAUUCCUUAUUAUAUCUGUGUAGAUUGUCUGUAUAGCUUAAGAAAUACCGGUAAAACAGAUAAAGAUCUGGAAUCAGAAUCUAUCAAGCUGAUUGUCAGUGAGUUAAGGCAGUGAGUGAGGUGACAGAUAUUGUUUUGCCUAGUGCUGUAUCCAGGAUUUAUAUACCAAUUGAUUACACCAGUUUAUAUAUCCUUCAAUUGUUAACAGAACAGUUGGAUAUCAACGUGGAGUUUCUUUUGUGGAGUGGGAGCAGUCUACACUUCAGCAGUGUUCUGCUGAAGAUUUAUAGGUAGUGUUUUUAGUAGUAUGAGAGAAUUGCUUAAUAAUUUAUGAUGAGAGUCGAAGAGCUUGAUCUUUGACACGAUAUCCAUGAUUAGUGUUACCUGUUUUAAGGUGUGCUAUCACCACAUUAAAUUCAUACCGAUGAUUGUGAAUGAAUCAUACAGAAUUCUCCUACAGUGCAAUGAUUGUCUCAUGAUUAGAUAUGAUUUGAUAUUUAACCUCUCUGUCUAGUUUUGUUAUUCAGUGAUUUUCGGUAGAGUCUGUCACGUUCUUUCCCUCUUUGGUGGAAUAUUUAGGAAGUUCUGAAUAAACGUGAAUGGCAAGUAGGAAUUGGUGUUCUUCACCCAAAUUGUUUUCUAUGUGAUUAGAGAAUCUUCUAGUUUUGGGCAUUUCCAAUUAGGAUUUUGUUACUAUGACAGGAUAUGAACGGUUAGUUGAUAGAUAGAACAUUGAGGCAGUAGAUACCUGACAACCUGUUGUCAAUUCUUACAUUCCUAACAGACAGAAAAUUGCUUUGGUGUGUCGUGUUUCAGAUGUGACUUAUCUAACGAGUGCUUAAUAUGAACUUGUGUCAGCCAUUGGAGAACAUGUAACCAUUGUAUGUACACAAUAAGUGUAAUACAAGUUCUACUAAAUCAUGAACAUGAGAAACAGAAAUGAUUUCUCCUUUGUAUAGUUUUGAUUUGUUGGUCUGUAUUUUAUGUAUGUAAAGCAUGCAGCGAUCAGUGACCAACUUGUACUGCUGUAUAGUCCUAAUAAUAACGAAAAAUGUCUCUUGAGUAUAAGCCAAAUAUUUAACAUAAAGCAAAUCAUCCAAGCAGAGUGUCAAACCUCCAAUUGAUGAGGUUAAUAAGCAUUUCGUGGCUGAAGAGCUGUAAUGCUCAGACUGGUCUAGGUUGAAGCUACAAGCAUGGGUUGUGUUUCGACAGGGAGAGAACUUUUGACUGAUUCAACAGUCCAUAUUAUUUUGUGUUUUGUGUUAUGUCGAAAUAAAAUGUUCACCAAUUUC